CCGCGGAAGGAGCGAGAAAGGCAAGUCGGGCCUGCACGCCUCUUCCGCCCAAGGCCCGGAAGGGUGAUGUGGCUGGGGUUUCGCCGGCCUCACCAUGUCUGCCAUUUUCAAUUUUCAGAGUCUGUUGACUGUAAUCUUGCUGCUUAUAUGUACCUGUGCUUAUAUCCGAUCCUUGGCACCCAGCCUCCUGGACAGGAAUAAAACUGGGUUGUUGGGUAUAUUUUGGAAGUGUGCCAGAAUUGGUGAACGGAAGAGUCCUUAUGUUGCGGUAUGCUGUAUUGUGAUGGCCUUCAGCAUCCUCUUCAUACAGUAGCUUGGAAAAAUGCCAGAAUUCAGUUGCAAUCAGAUUUAAAUAUGAAAAAAAAGGGACUUAUCUGCAGAAAAUAAUGGAAAGAAUGGUUAACCCUUUUAUCUUUGAACAUUGAAUGAGAUAAAUUUUCAGCUGCUGUUCUCUAUUUUUGUUAUUGGACCAAUGUUCUAUAAAUUAGGAUGUAACCAUUUAAUACGCAGAGCUUAAAUAUGUCUGUAACAAUCAACCUCAGUACUGUCACUACAAUAUUACAUUCUGCAUAUGUCAUUCUAUUAUGUCAGAUACCAGUUUUUAGUGAGGUAUCUUUAAGGCACAUAGGAGAAAACAAAACUGGUAAAUUACUUAAGUUCCUUUCACCGUGAUUUGGAAACGAUAAAUCUUUAUAGAAUGAGACUUUUUGAACUAGCUUUUUUAUUGAAAAAAAAAAAAAAAGGUUCAAUUCGUGUUGGUAAGGACUGCAUUCAUAUUUAAUAAUGCUUGCUUUUUCCUCUGGCCACAUCAUUUUGAGCAUUAACCAGAGUACCUCUACUGUUAGCAAACUGUAGUUUAUUACAGGUAUUUAAACUAUUUAAAACAAGCCUAUGCAGUUCUUAAGGAGGAAGAUAAAUGAGAAGUGACUUAAGAGUGCAAUUGAGAAAAUGUUCCUAUUUAACAUAAAAGAAUUCAGAAUACCUGACUGGUGUUAUCGUCUCUGAAACCUCUGGUUAAGUAUGGAUAAAUGUCUUAAGCAUAAAUUUGACCAGCUAACUGUUGUUUUUGGAAUAAGACUACAUGCUUAGAGUAAAAAAGAGCUAAACGGAAUGAUAAUCUUACACACGUUUUUCUUUCUUUUUAGUGUUAGGUCUCUACAUUUUAAUUACCCCAAAAUGCAAACUGUGUUUUUGUUUUUUAAUACAGCACUUUAAAUCUAGUUUAUGUUUUGCCUAUCAACUUGAACUGGAAUCUUGUGUAACUUACUACAUGAUAAACGUUUUCACAUCUACUUACCAUAUGCCAUGGCAUAAAUGUCUUUGAGCUUUGAUGAUAAAGGAGGACCUUCAGUAAUUUUCAUUGAGGCAAGAGGAACAUUGGAAAUGUGACAUAAAUUUUGUAGUAGAGCAGUUAUUACACAUUUAUGGUUAACAUUUCAAAAUUCAGUUAAAGUUUCAAAGCAAAGGAGAACUUCUUAACUAAAAAUUGCCCAUUAUACAUAGUAUUAAUUAGAUAUUGUUGUCGGCUGUUAAUUCCCCAUAAAGAUAAAAAGAAUAAACUUUUUUUUUUAAGAAAAA